AUGAAUAAAAAAAAAUGGACUACUGAAGAAACGUGCAAGCUGAUUGAAUUGUACCGUGAAUCCCCAAUAUUGUGGGAUGCCAAAAACUUAAAUCAUAAAAAUAAAUUCAAAACAGCUGAUGCAUUGAAAGAAAUAGCGUUCACAUUCAAUACCGAUUCUAGUGAAAUAGACAGGAAGCUUAAAAAUGUAUACUCGCAAUACACAAGAGAAAGGCGUAAUUAUAAAGCUAUGAAAAAAUCAGGAGCUGGAAAAGAAUUUCAUGCUAAAUGGUUCGGAUAUGAACUUAUGAGUUUUCUACAAGAUAAAAAUAAACCUAGGAAAACUCGAGAAUUUGGAUUAGAUGAAUGUCAGUUGCCAUGUAGUACAGUGGUGCAGUACACAACUCAUCUAGGUAGUCACUAA